GCGCUCCGGAGUGCUGCUGAGGAAUGAGGAGGCAGGAGGCUUUCCGCUGCACGAUGCCUUUCUUUCACUUGCUUGUGCUGUUGGCUGCUGCCCCAGAUGUUCUAGCUUUUCCAGAUUUUGUCAUCGAAAAUGGCAGCCCUGUUCUGGAGAAUGUCUCCGAACAUACACGGGUUGCCGUAAUCACUGUGUCUGUCUCACCUCCCGCUUCUCUGGUUGGAGACCCUGUUAUCGUUAAUGCCGACCCUGUGGUCCAUCCAUUCGUGCUGUCUCGUCGAUCCACACAUCAGUGGGAAUUACUCACCACUGGAGUUCCGAAGCUGGACUUCGAGACGGUGACUCUCUACUCCUUGGUAAUCUAUGCCAAAGACAGCCACGGGGCGACGGCAUCCCAGGCCAUUCUAAUCCAGAUUGCGGAUGUGAACGAGCCGCCCACCUUCAGGGGAGCCCUUGCUCAGAGAGACCAAGGUACAGAGCUCUCCUCUUGGGGGAAGAAGGGUCCACUGGGCCCAUAGUGUGGCUGCUGUGUCCUGGGUCCUUUGUGCUCUCGUAGGGUGAUGGCUAUAGGAGAGAUAAGGAGAAUGAUGCUAACAAAAGGAAUGCUAAAGGGCUGGCACCUACCGGGUGAUAACUGUGGGGCAGGUGCUGUGCUGAGAGUGAGGGCCUCAGGCGGGUUAGUUCAUGAAAUUCGCAUAGCUCUGGA